UCAGUGGAUUACAGCUCAUGUAGGGAUUGAUUGUGUUGUGUUCCACUUUCAAUCAGCAAAGAUAACUGCCUUUUUUUGCUCUCAUUGCUGCAUGAAAUCUGAAAGAAAAAAAUGGCAUACAAUCUUCAAUCUCUCGUCACCAUCCUACAACAAAUCCUACAUCCUGAACAAACCCACUGGGCUUUUGAUCACAACAAACCCCAACUCCAAUCCCUCCUCCACAAAGCUCUGAUGCAAAUUCUUGAAAAUUCUCCACACACCAAAGCAGCAAGUCUGGAAAGCCGAAUCAGAGAUGUCGUGUAUAAAACAGAAGACAUCAUUGAAUCAGAGAUGCUUCAUCAAAUGCUUUCCAACCCAGAAAGCCAGAGCUUGACCUUUUCCACACCAGAUCUGCAACAAGUAACUCAACAACUUGAUUCUGCACUGGUUUUCUUGCAUGACCUGACACCAGAUUUGCUGGUGGAAUUUGAGGAAAAGAGUGCUUCUUCUUCCCUGAGGUAUAAGGGAGAUUUGGUGGGAGUUGAUGAAGAUCUGCUGCAGUUGAAGGAUCGUCUCACGAAUGUGGAGAGGAAGCGGGAGAUCGUCCCCAUCGUUGGUAUGGGAGGUAUCGGUAAGUCCACCCUUGCUCGGAAUAUUUACGAAGAUCCGUGUAUAGUGUCUCACUUUGAUUAUCGCGGAUGGGCUGCGAUUUCGCAAGUUCCCAACAUGCGAGAAAUUAUGUUUAGUCUCCUUCGUGGCCCGAAUGAAAAGGUCAGUGAUGAACUGGCUGGAUGCGGAGAUUAUGAGCUGAGAGAUAUAUUGCAUAAGAGGCUCUUUGAGCGAAGAUACCUGAUUGUGUUGGAUGAUAUAUGGAGCACGAAAGUCUGGGAUGCGAUAAGGAUGUGUUUCCCGGAUAAUAAUAAUGGGAGUCGAAUUGUGAUCACCACUAGGGAGUCUGACGUGGCGGAACAUGUUGCGGGGUCGAAGAGUCUGCAUCAUGUGCAGUUGCUAGACGAGUUUGCGAGUCGGGAUUUACUUUGCCAGAUUGUGUUUGGAGAAGAGGAUUGCCCCGACGAAUUGCGACAGGUGGCGGCUACGAUCGGGAGUGACUGCAGUGGGCUUCCUCUUGCCAUUCAUUUGAUCGGAGGGCUCUUGUCAAAGGUCGAAAGAUCAAGAGAUGUUUGGUAUAAUUUUUCAAUGGAUGUAAAAGCUUCAAUCGUUGAAUCGGACGAGCAUUUCGCCAGUAUACUUUCCUUGAGUUAUAACCACUUACCGAUUCGCUUGAAACCAUGUUUCUUGUAUAUGGGAGCUUUUCCAGAAGAUUACGAGAUUAAGGGAUCUAGACUUAAGAGUAUGUGGAUAGGCGAAGGAUUUGUGAAAUAUAAUGGAGAUAAGAGUUUGGAGGACGAGGCCGAGGAUUACUUAAAAGCUAUGGUGGAGAGGAAUCUACUUUUCGUUAAACGAAAAAAGAAGAAUGGGAAACCAAUGAGUUACUCGAUCCACGAUCUUUUGAGGGAUCUAUGCAUAAGGAAGGCUAACGAGGAGAAGUUUUUAAACGUCAAGAAUUCCUUGCGCCGUGUUAGUAUUCUGUCACCAUUUGGAAUAGAAGAUGUGUGUGCUUCACCCCGAUUGAUAUCAAGUGCUCGAUCUUUUAUAUGCACGGAAAAUUGGUUUUUAUCUCCUAUCUUUUCCGCAUUAAGAUUGAUUCGGGUGCUAGAUGUAAUGAGCAAGGUUUUCCAAUUGGAGUAUCAAGAUUGCGGAAUCUGCAAACCUUGAUUUGUCAACAACCGACAACGCUUGGUUUGCCAUCGGAGAUAUGGGAGAUGUCUGAGUUAAGACAUCUCAAG